UUCUCUUCUGCGCUUCAAUGGCUGCAGUACAAGCUUUUCUUGACCCCGCCUAUGGCGUAACAAAUAUCAAAUCCCACAUUCCCAUUCUCCUUGAUAUCAACGACCACAAUUACGAUGCGUGGCGUGAACUCUUCCUUCUACAUUGUCAAAGCUUCGACGUCUCAGGCCACCUUGAUGGUACUCUGCUCCCAGAGAAUGACAAUGAUGCAGCUUGGCAGAAGAAGGAUGGUCUCGUUAAGCUUUGGCUCUACGGGACUCUAUCUAAGAAUCUGUUCCGGAGCACGUUCCAAACUGGUGGAACGUCUCGUGAAGCUUGGAUCCGAAUCGAAAACUUCUUCAGGAACAACAAAGAAGCUCGAGCUGUUCAACUCGACAACAAACUUCGCACCAAGGAACAAGGCGAUCUCUCGAUCCACGAUUACUGUCAAGAAAUGAAACAAAUCUCGGAUUUGCUCAGGAACCUCGAUGCUGCAGUGACUGAACGCACGUUGGUAACCUACAUGCUGAAUGGUCUCUCUCACAAAUACGAUCACAUCAUCAAUGUCAUCAUCCACAGGCAGCCCUUCCCCUCGUUCAAUGAGGCUAGGAACAUGCUAAUACUGGAGGAAGAUCGUUUGAACCGCGGCAACAAACAAUCACUCCACCACAAGGAUUCACCAUCAUCAGACAAGAUACUCACCGCCUCAGAAACGACCAGUGACCGCAAAAGCUCUCCACAUCAACAUCAGCAUCACAACAACAACCGCUCAACUCAGAACAGAGGACGUGGCAGAAACAAUCACAGAGGUCGUGGCAGAAGAUUCAACAAUCAGCCUCGCCCUCAGGUUCAACAAUGGAACGCCCCUUUCUGGACUAACGGUUACCAGUUCUGGCCACAACAACAACAGUUCCCACCAUGGUUUCAAGGUCCCCAACAACAGUACUUCCAACAAGGGAUCAUAGGUCCACGACCAGCUCUGCAGAUCCAAGGUCCAAACAACGGAAGUCAGAAACCCGAGCCAACUGUUGAUUCGCGACAGCAUUCAACACAAUGACACUGGUGGAU